UGCACCGUUGAAGUAGUGUUGAACGUUCAAAGCAUCGCUUUUUUCGUAAGAUCAGGGAACAAGGUUGAUUUAGAAUUUGACUAGAAGUUUAAUAAUGAAAGACAAAUAAGGAAGCCGGGGAAAUGAUUGAAAUCAAAUAAAAGCUAGGAUAACUCCAGUCCAUGUCUGUUCGACGUACACGCAGUGGUACCCCACUCGGUGGCUCGUGUGAGUCUCGCAGACUUCGGCAAACCCCGUCCAGAAAACAGCACCAUUCCAAACCUAUCGAGGAUGCCGGAGCUGAUACAAACGUGGAACCAUCCCGGGGAGCGGUCACUAGAGACAGAUCUUCGCAUCAUGCUUCAGCGAAGAAACCUCCUGUUGCUGAGCCAUCGGCAGUAGUUAGUCCCACGCCUAAUGUAAGUUUAAAUAUAUGGGAGCGGUUAGAAAAAGAGAAGCAGGGUUUCCCUACGUGUGUUCAAGAAGCUGGAGUAGAAAAGUCGUCUAAACCUGAGCGAGGCUCGGAACAAUCUGACCCAGAACUCGCCAAGAAAGGUAGAAAACCCGAGCUGUUGUUAUCGCUGCUAGAAGGUGAAGGACACUUUCAAGGUGACAAAGCUAAACAUGCCGUGCCUGUUAGGACUGUAUCUGAGAAAAAAUGUACCGGAGAAUCGGAAAAGGCUAAGGCUAGCGGUUCUAAAACUGAAGUGGCCGAGAACAAAAAGAAAGGGAAAGAAGAGCAAGCUCCGGUUCACAACAGCUUCUCCCAUUCCAUUUGCAUCUUCCCAAACUGUGACCACCACAGCAGCGAAAUCGCCAAUGAUUUUUCGCACAUCCCUGAAGUACCGGGCGAGCCUUUUUUCGUGUCGUUGUCUAAAGACAAGAACAAGGAACUCAACAUGGUGAAGACGUCUUCUGGUCUAGUGCGAGUCGGCUGUGGUCUACAUAAAUUCUUGCCAUCUUCUGCUCAUUCGUUCCACGACUCACUCAAAGAGAAAUCGACAUGCUCUAAAAACUCACAUAGCACGGGAGAAUCCAAAACUGAAGAUAGAAAUGGGAACACUCUGUGUCCAUCCGAGGCUAGGGUACACGUUGUUAGAAUAGAUAAGGAUAGUAAAAGAAUGUGGAGCAAUGGAGACGUGGAUUCAACCAAGUCAACAAAGGCCGACAGAGAAGACACGGCUACUGGAUCCAAGUUUUUAAAUCUGGCCGAUGGUGAAUGUGAAAGUUUCGAACUUGGGUCCAUGUCCGACAACCCGAACUUGAAGAACGGAAUCUCCGGCAAGUCCUCGCAGUUCCCGUUGAUGGAGGAAAUUUUAACCGAGCCAAACUUUGCUGGCUUUACCGGCGCCAUCAGCAUUCGCGAAAUGGCGCAGAUACCAAAAGAUGACGUUAACCAGCAGUACAAGAGAGCGGUCAGUUUGUUGAAGGCGAGUGUUGUCAACACGGGAGUGGCAGCGUUUAAGGUCGAAGAAAACAGCGAGUUGGACAAUAAACACGUGAAGCGCAGCGAGAGGAUACGCAGUAAAAGUGGGGUGAACAACCUGGGGAUUCAGCAGGCCGUCAUAUCAACAAUGAAACCCACCGAUAACAGGCCCAAAGUCAAGUCAACCCUGCAGAGAUCGAAGAAAAAGUCGAAAACGUUCACGGCCAAGGAGGUGCAGAAGAAAACGAAAAAGGUGAGCGUGAGUAAGAAAGUAAAGUCCAAGGGCGGCUCGAAGAACAAGUCGACGAUGUCGAGGGAGGUGAUGGACGCCAUCAUUCAGUCCAUCGAGGAGACCAUCUCGCGGGCCAGAGAGGACGACGACGACGACAAGCUUGACUCCUCGGGUUACCAUGACAACGACGGUGCCGCUAACGUUCCGUCUCAGAUGAUGGACCCCUGGCCCAAUGAUAAGGACGACAGUUCCAGCUUGUCCGAGCUGUCACUGACGGUACCAGAAUCCCCCGCCACAUUCGCCACUGAGGGGAAACCAAAGAAAGACCGCAAGCAGCCUCCCAACAAGCGGAUGUCAAGUCAGUCCAAGAAAGUCAAGAAACGCUCGCCAUCCAAGUCUAACACCUCCAGGAAGAAAACCAAGGAUCCUGCCCCUGUCUGUGACAGUAUGGAAGUUUCCACCACUGAUCCUGGGACCUCGGAUGUCACCAUCCCCAGUGCCAUCACCGUGGGGGACGUUGGGGCUGUCGGUGGGAAGAGGUCACGGAAAAGGACGAGAAAGGCCGAGGAGGCCAUGGGGGACUACGAUGUCUUCUGUGAUGACGACUGGCCUGUAAAGAAGUCGAAAAGAAAAAGAAGUAGCAGUUCAGAAUCUGCUUCUAGCUCAAGUCAGAAAAGGCCGAGGCGGUCUGUACCUAUGGGAGAUUUAAUGACUGAUCCAGUCCUAGAGGAACACGCCUUUAUUUUGUGGGCCAGUGAAAACCGUAGUCAAAUCGAGGUCCAGCAUCCCGGCUCAUCAACUUGUGAGGUAGACGCCAUGUUGUCUUCACGUUGGUGUGACGUCACUGACAAUGUCAAGGCCAGGUUUUUCGGCAGGGCGCGCGAGGCCUUCAGUGAUGAUGACCGUCACAUGAUUCGCUCCACAGCUAUGGCAGAAUUAGAACUUGGUGCACUUGGAGAUUUCUUCAACGACCGUGACCCUGUGUUUAUCGAGUUCAUCAGACUGCCAAUAGAUAGACAGAGAGAGCUUCUUAGGAAAUGGCUCAAAUUCUUCCAGAAAAUGCUGCCCAAAAAGGAAUACAUCGAAUUCAUCGUCACGUUUAAGCGCGCAUGCGCGAGAGAUGGCAAGACUAACGGCAAACCCAAGCGGACACGCAUGAGAUGUUUAGACCCGUCCCAUUACAAAAUGUUGUUUGACAUGAUACGCUUGACUAAACCCCGCGUACUUGAGGUGUACAAGGAGAAAAAAAUUAAAGAAAAAAAAAUUGUGUCGGAUACAUACAGCCUAAUGCUCCACAAGCUUGUAGCCAGUGAGACCUGGCCACAUGUUGUCAUUGGCUGCAAGUCACAGCUGCUGACAGAAAUUCUACAAGACCUGGAGAUUCCAGACUGUGAAGUGGCCGGCACUGAGCCAUCUCUGGUCUACAACAGGAGUAGUAAUGUGACGCUAGUGGAGAACGAUGAGGCUGGUGUUGAUGAUGAAGUCAGUGCUGCGUUUGACCCAGAGGCGGGACAUGAUGCUAGGGUCUCCAUCACUGUGGUCAAUAAGACUCCCCAGAUCCUGGAGUUUAAGCUGGACCAUGGGUUGAUGGAUGUGAGCUUAGAUGAAGCUGACUACAGUGUUUUAAACUCUGAUUUGGCUCUCAAUCUGCUCUCAGAGUUAACUGAGCUGAAGGAGCUCCCAUCUUUAGAUCAGCAAAUGUUGGACCAAGUCUUUCUAGCCCCUCCCCGCGUGUCAGUGACCCCGACCCCAACCCGACGGGUCGUCAACCUCUAUGGCCGGAGACUGGAAUCUCCGACCCUGUCGCCCAGCCUCCCCCCAGUGGUGGGCUCCCCCUGCCCGCCGCGUCAGUCCGCCACCAGUUGCGUCCCUUACUCCAAGAUGAACAUCCACUACCCGACCAACAGCUCCACCUCCUCCAGCGUCAUACUCCACCACCUGCCCCCUACCCACACCUCCAACACCCUGGUCCCCCACAAAUGCCUGCCGCGGGACGUCCCACACGCGUCACCAUCCAGGACUGUGUGUUGCCGGAAAGAUUCCCCCAUGGACAUGCACAGCUACAGCAUCACCAUGGACAGCUCGUCCCACGGGGACCAGCCGCUCCCCAAGUGCAUCAAAGUCCACCCCAGCACCAUGCCGCAACAAACCAAGGUCAACUUCCAGCCCUUCCAGCUGCCCGUCGCCUCCAGGACACACCCCCAGACCAAACUCCACCCCCGGGUGGUGCCCGUGUCCUGCGGCUUCCAGCCCCGGUUCCCUGGCCAGAACGUGAUCGACAAGCUCGGCUCGCAUAAUGUCUAUCACUUGGGCGCUCAGGCCACGCCCACCACAGCCUCAAGGGUCUACCCCCCGCCCCUAAGCCUUAACGCCCAAAGCCCGCUCAUCACCUCGCUGUCCCCGCUCCGUGGUGUCAAGUACAACCAGGGCAGUAAGGUCUACGGCCAGCACUGCCAGAUGAUGCCGUACCGCUCUAGGAUGCAGCUGGCCACCUCCACCAUCGGCCACUGCCACCGGCGGUCCCCCCACACCGUGCCGGUCAACACCAGUUUAAAGCCGGGAGCCAUCCGGGCCCAGACAAACUUGCACCAAAUCAAAGUCUGCCUCCCCACGCAGUCCUUGAAGAUUCCCAUCGCGAAGCUCAGAGGCUCGAGAAAAACGUCCUACGUCAAAGGGAAGUUAAAACACAUGGACCUACAACCCGGAGCAGUGGAGCCUUACACGUCACUUCCGGCUAGCGGUCAGACGAGUCCGUUUAACCUGAGAACCGGGACGCCGACUAGUCUUCUAGCCAAAGUCUUGAACCUGCAGGUGAAGAACGAGACUCAGGUAACCAACAAAACCCCAUCGGAGGCGGCGGCACCCAGCACAGUGUUAAACACCAAGUCAGCGGCCUCGGCGUUUAUAGGCACCAUGCGUCCAGUCGGCCUGCCACAGAACAGCUCACUGGUCAAGCCCAACACCCAGGUCCAGCUCAUAUCCGUGGUCAGCAGCUCUGGACACACCUACGAUAUCCGCUCGCCCAUGUCCACGCAGACGGCCGUCGUGGUCAGCCCUCUGACCAUCCAUCGCAGCGCAGGUACCUCACAGUCGCCCAUCGUCUUCACCAGCUCAAACUCCGCCUACACCUUGGCAACCACGCCCUACAGCAUCGCCUCCACCACCAAAUACAAAACGUGCUCCUGCGUGACCACGCCCACCUACGCCGUGAGCAUCGCCUCCAAGACGAGCUCCGGCAUUGGGAACUUCACCUUCCCCCAAAACUCUGUGAAAACGUGCCGGGCGACAGCUGUCAAGUACCCGGAGGGAGGUCUGGCUCAGGGUGAUCCCCCUGAGCUAGUCCCCGGGGAGGGUUUAGUCGAUGAAGAGGGUGCGGCUGAGGACGACGAAUUUGUCAUCGUUGGCACCUGUACUUCAGAGUCCAGUGGGAACUGCUCAGAUGACGUCAUGGUCACUGGCGUCACUAGUCUCAUCCAAACUAGGAAUAGUGACGUAGAUGGGAGCAACGUGGAUAUGUGCAGCGGGCAGGGAAGUCCUGUGGAAGGUGUGGGGUCGGUAGUACCACGUGAUGGGGAGGUUGGUUGUCUUGUGAAAAAGAACGACCUGCCGCUCCGCCCUGAAGAGUGCGCCAAAACUGUGAAGGUUGGGGUCACGCAUGCUAAAGACUUCUCGUCUUUUCGGGAUUGUUUCUUCGUCAUCUCCAGCCAGGUCUCCGGUAAAACUGGCAACUCGGAGGCUGUGAAAUCUGGCCAGUCUCAGCUACUUCCGGGUGUCUCAAACAUGCUUCGCCAGGAUGGCGGUUCCGGUGUUUCUACCUGCAGCGUUGUUAGGUCCGAGAAAUCACCGGACAAUCUGUUCUUGACCUAUCCGAAAAAACUUGUAGAGAAAGUCAAAGAUUUAUCGGAUGCUGGUGACAAUCAGUGCAUCGACCUGACCUCUUCCCGUCUAGACGGCCGGUCAGAGGUCGAUGCCAGACCGGAAACACCCGAAUCCAUGAUGUGCUCGUCUGCAGACCCGCUCAGACAUCACGCGCCCUCCGACCCAGAUCUGGUGAGUUUGUUGGAUGACGGCUCAUCUUUGUGGGACAGGGAACGGAAGUCAGCCAGAGAGGGUUCUGGAACCGUCACGCCACCUGUUUCCAGUCACAUGGAACUUGACACUGUUACUCCCGUACGGUCUCUGCUAGCCGGCAGACGACCGUCAGACGGCAAGCCGGAGAGUAAACUCGCCGCCGGGCCGGAGGUGGUGAAGACGAAGAUGACGAUGUGCUCCGUGACGGUCCAGCCGGACACGGGCUGUAUCCUGGUGGAGAGUCUGGCCACACGGGACAAGCACAAGUCUCUGGCGGAGUCAGCCCCCAGAGGGCUCUACGACUCGGCCACACCACUCCACCACACAUCCGGUCCCAGAAAACGUGCGCACUAUAUCCACGAAUAUCUUCCGACCUGAGACAGCAGUAAGAAUGACUUGUGUCAAUAGCGCUACUUAUAAAGUGUUUGACUAGUAUUUUUUUUUAAUUACUUCACCUGUAGAAUUUGUAUGAUAUGUAUCAUUGUAUCUUGUGAUAAUGGUUAUAGCGAUAGCUGCUGUAUAAAAUGUAUAGUAUAUUUGUAUCAAUGUAUAAAGUAUUGUGCUUAUAACGACGGGCAAACUCCUGUUACUGUACAUUCUAUAAAUCUGAUGCUAUGCACUGUGCGACCGCUAAUGCAUGACUAUCAGAAUCAAACUAGACAUACGUCGCACAAAUUGAGAUAUUUUUGGAUUGAAUUGUUUUUUAUUGAUUCGAUUAUUCUACCUCUAAUUACAUAAUUCCCGCAUACAAAACAUUUGUAUGCAUGUGCAUACCUUAUAGCAGCAACAGAAUCACAUUGGCGAGUUCCUUUAGAAGCUCGUAUCAAAAAUAUCAUGUCUUGAAUGGUGAGCGCUAUAUUAACUUACCUGAUGUGUUAAGAACAACUCUAUAUAACAGUGCUAGAGACUGUCCAUUAAGGCCCACUUCACUGUCCCUAUAUGCCAAUUGAGUUUUUGAUUAUAUAAAAUAUCAAAGGUUUUUUUGUAUGGAUUA